UGCAGUGAGAGGAAAUACACCUACUGACUUGAAGCUGAAGUGCAUGUCUGUUGUUAAUAUUAUUAUUAAUAAUAAUAAUAAUAAUAAUAAUAAUAAUAAUAAUAAUCUACCAUAUUUUAUUACGUUUAAGAGGGAAUUGUAUGGAUAACCUGUGAGAGGAUUAAUUUAUUUCCGAUCAAUUGCACUGGGAAUUUUGUUUCGAUUAUGACGUUUACCAUGAUGAGGCCUAUGGCGACCCACCUUAUUUAUCCUGACUUGAGCAGCUUGUCCGAGGACGAAGAGAAUCGCAGCGAGAGUGACGGCAGUUCGGAACAGAGCUUCGAAUGCUGCGCCGGUGCUGCCAAGCGCCGGAGGAUGGCACGCCUGCCCGGGGUCAGUGGGAUUGUUUUGGUUAAGCAGCGGAGCUCUGCCAACGCCAGGGAGCGUGACCGGACCCAAAGCGUGAACUUGGCGUUCACUGCGCUCCGAACCCUCAUACCCACUGAGCCAGUGGACAGAAAACUCUCCAAAAUCGAAACGCUUCGCUUGGCGUCUAGCUAUAUCUCGCAUCUUGCAAACGUCCUACUGUUUGGAGACGGUAACGGAGACGGACAGCCUUGUCUGAGCGCUGUGUACAGUCCUGGAGAGGGAGACGCGAAACAGCCCAGGACGAUUUGCACCUUCUGUCUCAGUAACCAGAGAAAAGGGAUGAAAGACGGACGGGGCUGCUUGAAGAUGAGGGGGGUCAAUCCGCUGCAUGUCAGCCGUAGAUAAAUGCAGCUCCGGUCGGAGACAGAACCCAGGUCGGGAACUAGGGGAGAGCGAAACGGGCCAUACAGAACUACGCGCAGGGCCGAGAGCAAAACGGAACGAGCCAGAACGACAACUGUCCGGGGAUACACGGAGGAACCAGAAACACGAGGUGUGAACGGAGAACUGCUUCGGUUACCAAAGAUGGAAGAGGCUCCUCCCGAAGGCACUGUACACUUUGGCGUGGAGCAUAAUUUUCAGUUCAUUGUUUUUAAUGAUUUCUUGAGACUGUGUAAUUGUGUUUUUCGAGAAUUUGUUAAUUAUAUUAGUGUCAUUUAUUGUUGUGUAUGUCUUACAUUUCUUGAACAAAGAUAAACUAUGUUUUUAGAUGCUGUGGAAGCUAUUGAAGUAAUUAAUUUGUAAAACAUCCUGAUGAGUUGACAAUCAAAA